UUAUUAUUAGCUUAGUGUCCGUACGUUGUUACGGGUGUGGCUGUCUCCACCACCUCUUGCCCCCGCGCGCGCAUAUUUAUACACCAGCCACGAGCCCGGCUGCAGCUCCUUCUCACGAAGACUCAGCGUAGGCAGACAGAAUUCUAAGGCUGAACAGUGCUCGAUCAGUUAUUUCCUCAGCUUGUCGUCAGUAUAGUCGAUCGUCGUGAACCAAAUUUUUUGAAGAGGUUCGGGAGUCAAAGAUGGCAAAGAAGAUCGUGAUCAAGAUGACCAUGCCCAACGCCAAGAGCCGCGCCCGGGCCAUGGCGCUGGCCGCCAAGGCGAGCGGGGUGGGGUCGAUCGGGAUCACCGGCGACCUCAAGGACCGGCUGGAGGUGGUCGGCGAGGGCGUCGACAUCACCUGCCUCGUCCACUGCCUGCGCAAGAAGGUCUGCUGCCACGCCGAGAUCCUGCAGGUGGAGGAGGUCAAGGACAAGAAGCCCGAGAAGAAGGAGGAGAAGAAGGAGGAGCCCAAGCCCUGCCCGUGCCCGGGGCCGUGCCGGUGCGCCGCCGUCGGCUACUGCCACGCGCCGAUGCUUCUCUGCGAGGACCCGGCGCCGGCAGCCAUCUGCCGCGUCAUGUGAAGCUACUAGCAGUAAGAUGAUGGAUUUCGCCGUGCAUUUGUAUUUGUGAUUUGAGUAGCUCUCAACUCCUGCUGCCACAACACACAGCUUCUUCAUACGUGCGUGCAUGUGCGCAAACGUGAUUCUGGUUUGCUUUCGCUUCCGCCAACCAUCGACAGUGUAACUAGCUAGCUAGAUCACUAGCUAGCGUGUAUGUUGUGUACUUGUUGAGUUGGUUACGUUGUAUCCAUCAAGUUGUGAACUUGAUGCAAAGAUCGUUAUAUUUAAUUUCCCCCCUGCUUAUUAAGAAGAACA